AUGCCGCCAAAAGCUCCUGACGUUGGAACAGGGUUUUAUGGACCCGGCGAGUCUGUCUCGGAAGAGCAUGGGCACUAUUCAAGUGGAAUCCAGACAUCGUCGUCUGUCACAAGUCAGCUCCAAGAGGCUCAACGAGACCCUCAGUUCCAGACUCCAGACACGCAACGAGGCUUGGAAGACACCGGCGUUGGUCCAGAAGCAUCAUCGUCAUCGACCUCAUCAGACACAGCAGCUUCUCGACAGCCAGGACGCUCCUUAUCGGUAUCGCAGCAGGAUUCGUCAGGCUCACCAAGUCUGCUUCCUCCUCCUUCUCCAGCACCAGACUCGUCCGUUGGCAGUCCUAUGAGCAGCGCCCAUGCCAACAGUCCGUCUAUGCAACCCUCGUCCUCCUCAAACUGGAAUCGCGGACCUUCCAUCGAUGCAUCCGACCCAUUCGGCGAGACUAACUCAAGAUCGCUCGAACGAGACGAGCUCCUGUCGGUACUCGAAGCUCUGCAUAGAUGCGCUGCUUCUGACCUUCAGGCCAAGCUUCACCUAGGGGGUCACCUCCACCGCUUGCUUGUUGAAGGGACAUCAACCACAGCUCCUGCUCGUACUCACAGCUAUCGGGAUGAUUUUCGGGAAGCAGGCGGCUUUCUGGUCGUUGUUCAGCUCAUAUCGACCCUCCACAACCAGCAAACCCGGACGGAGCCAGACGUCCACGCAGCACUUCAGAUCGAGAUCUUCAAGUUGGCGCUUUCCAUCUUAUCGGCCUCAUUGAUACAGCAUCCUCUCAACAUCAAAGUUUUUGAAACCACCGUCGGCUGGAGGAGUCUUUUUGACGCAACAGAGAUUGCCGCCAAUAGCGGCCUAGCUGCUGACUCGGUCUUUGGCUCGCUGCUCGGUCUCGCAGUUGCCGACGUCCAUACAUACGCAGGGCAUGUCAUCUCGACUCGCCGUUUCCUUGCCGAACAAGGUAAGGAUACGAAAUUGCAAGGCGAAACGGAGGAAGACGUCAAAAUCCGCUUGCUUGAGGAUAGAAUCAAGGAUCAAUGGACGCCGGCUCCUAGCAUCAUCUUUCCGCAUGCGAUUCGUUUCCUGCUGCAACUUCUGGUUCGCUCAAACACAUCGGAUAAGGACACGCACUCGCUAACUCUCGACAGAGAAGGAGCCGAAAUUGUGCUGAAUACUGUCUUCAGACUCGUUCUGACCAGUCGUCGUAAUCAGACCGCUCUCGUCAACAUCGGCCUCUCGACGCUCUUACUGGACACUGUUCUUCCCGCGGUUAGCCGAUUUACUGAUACGAGUCUGCCAAGUUCUACUUCAAUCGCCAGCCUAACUUCGCAGAGGCCGCGCGUGCCUUCGUCGGAUAGUCCAGCGGUAUGCGACCUGCAGUCAGACCCGAUAAACACUUCCUAUCGGAUCCUUUUUGUCAAGAUUCUGAGGCAGCUCUACGCAGCCGUCGGCAUACCUGACAAAGAUGGCCGCAAGAUUCUGGCCUCCCUGUCGACAGCGCCUUCAAUACCUAGCACUGCAAAGUCAUUCGUCCAAGAUGAGCGUGAUUGGAUCCUUGACCUGCUGCUCGACAUUGCUAAUGCUCCGCAGGAGCCCAACACCGUCCUCUUUAGCAUGGCGAAACAUGGUCACGCUUCUCUUGCAUUUUCUACUCUACGACGGCCCUUUCCACCAACGGCAUCAUCCAAAGGCUUCACGUUUGUCACCACAUUCUCGAUCGAGCGGAUCGAGCCCAGUCUAUCUAUCGAGCUGCUCACUCUCUUCGAUGCACAGAGGUCGCUUUACGUUCAGCUGUUCAUCGAGCCUGGCACGGGUCUCUUUUGCUACUCGACCUCGUCACUAGCCUCUUCGCCUCCAACACGCUUCAACAACGUCGCCUUUGUCACUGGCAAGCGCUAUCACUUGACCUUCAUCCAUCUUCAGCCUCGCGGCGGCGCCCACAUGUCUCCGGCCAAGUUGUACGUCGAUGGACAGAUGGCAGAAGAGAAGCUUGCGCCAUGGCCUACUCCGAGCAGAGGCUCUCCUUCUACUUCGUCGGCCGUAGCCCCCUCAAGUCAUCUUGCCAAUGCUGUACGUGCGGUUUUGGGCUCACCGCCAGGCUCUAGCAUGGACGCUCAUCGUAACAUACAAGAUGCACAGCAAGGUCAAGCCAGGACCAACCGCCUGGUCUGGUCGCUGGGUCCGACCAUGCUUCUAGAAGACGCCGUUCCACACGAUCUGCCCCUCGUACUUUACGAGCUCGGCCCUCGCUACACAGGGAACGCACAAGACUCGCUCGGUCGCUUCUUGACUUAUCGUGCCAGCGCCAACAUCAACCUUCGACUCGACCAGGUCGCACGGAAACCUUCUGCAUCCACAUCUACCGGUAGCGCUGUACUGUCAGAGAAAGAACUUUCACAUUUGCCAUUGGUGACCGCCAUCGCUGGGAGAGCCAGCGACCUAGUUCCUGAAGAGCGUCUCUACUUUGUCAUCAAUGCCGCGAACACAGCGACAUUUGACCGUUCUGGCGCAGGCACAGUGCGCGGCGCUGCUCCCUCGUCUGACCCUUCCAAGAGGCCAGGAUCAUGCGUCAUCCUGAACCAAGCAGUACCGCUCAACACAGAGGCGGUCGGAUCCUCUUUUGGGCUUGCCAAAUUGUAUGGCGAACCAGCUCUCCUCGUUCCGCAACCUCUGGACGAGAUGCUGUGGAAGCUCGGAGGCUGUGCCAUCUUGCUGAAACUCAUCUACGACGCCGAGACAUCCGAAAUGCUCGCAAAGACGCUGCGCCUUUUCCUGCAGCUGAUCUCCCGGUCUUGGCGUUUGAGCGAGGAUGUUGAGCGAUCCAAGGGAUACGAAGUGCUCGGCUUGCACCUGCACAACAAGGCGCACCUGUUCAACGACGAGAUCGCCACGAUCCUGUUCGAUGCCGUCGGAAUAGACGCUGGCGGUGACGGGUCCCUCCUGGUGAAUCCAUUUCUCUACCGCAUCGUAAUGCUCGACUUUGAGCUUUGGUCGCAAACGACGCAAGCCCUGCAAAGCAGCCACCUAGAACAAUUUACCCUUCUCCUUCGCAGCUCACGGCACAGACGAUUCAACUCGAAACGCAUCGCCAAGAUGCAGAUCGUCAAGAAGCUGAUCCAUGCCAUUCGAUCCGAGAUCUACGCCGACGAGACCACGCCGCUAUUGAUCGAUGCAUUGCGCGCGUUACUCGCCUCAUCUUUCACAGACGCCUCUGUGCGAAUCGUCACGUCCUUUCUGACUGUACAGCUCUGUCAAACCGAUCUGAUCACGGAGAGCGAUCCGCCUGCGUCUUCCCUGCAGGUCCGUCCAAAACCAAAGCGCGCCGCCACCUUGGGUCCACAGCCCACCCUGUCAGAAGCCGACACCACAGGACAGGCACUGUCGCUAGCAACGUCCAAGGCUGCUACAUCGACCCCCGUGAGAGUGACUGGAGAGCCGUCGCCGACGUCUCGCCAGGCACUGACCAUCUUUGAGCUGCUGACGUCAAUGUUGCUGGAACGUCCGAGUCACCUGUUCCGCUUCGCUGACGCGGUCAACGUGAAGUGGCUACUCCUCUUCUUUCAUCCGCGCGCUGAACAGAGAGCUGCCGAACUGGCUCUCAAGAUCCUUUCUCGUCUUCUACUUCACCCAGAUCUCGGAUACGCCCAACGCCUAAGCACUUCCGGUGGGUUCAAGGUGCUCGAACGGCUACUGCCACGAUUUUGGUCCAUCCCUUCGCUCCUGACUCUCCUAUGGUCUGCACUAUUUGGUAUCGAGGUGCCGGAACCUGUCCCAGAUCUACAUGAAUUGGUACCACUGCCUGUGCACGGGCAGGUCAAGCUCAUCUUCUGUGCACCAGUCCUUCGAGCUAUCCUUUCUUGCUUGAAGGAGGGGGUGCGCACUGCAGCUGCUCGACAGGGUGACAUGCCUGGACGCCUUCGGUUCGCUCGAGCGCGGCCCUCUGAGGUAGGUCAGCGACUAACUUCGAACUGCAGCGCGGCAGUCAAAUCCGGGACCGAAUCAGUACCUAACCCUAUAGACCCUGCCGCAGCGCCAUCAGCUUCUUCGAGACCGAGACACGCUCGGAAGCGUAGUCAGUCAAUGAAUGUCGACGUCAAAGCUUUGGAGCAAGCUGCGCAGACCUCCAACGAGGUCACGUUGCUGCGAAAGACAGCAGAGCUCCUUUGCAUCUAUGGACAUCGAUCAGCCGACUUCCGGGAGCUUUUGUUCUCGCCUAUCAUCCUUCGUGGCCUGAUCGACUGCAUCUUCAUGUUUGUGGGUGACAACGUCAGGAUUGGCGCAAGCGCCUCUGCUGGCGAGCUGGCCAAUAACAGCAAGUCUGCUGUCGCUUCGAGCCGAUCUGCUUCCCUGAGCCUGACAUUAGUCCUAGACGAUGUUUUUGGUGUCGUCGACUCGCUUCUGAGCCUGCUUGCUCAGCUAGCGGUUGAUUCAUUGUUCACGACGAACUCGAUCGCCAUUCUCUCCGCUAUCGACCAGGCACUUCCGCCAGCCGACUUGACCCAACAGACUGUCUUCCGAUGUGCGCUGCUAGCCAAGACAACCCAAAAGGUGCGUGCUGUGAUUGCCAAGCAUCCUCAGCAAGCCGCUACGACCGCAGAAUCCGUCGCUCUCUUCAUCGAGACAGCGUCAGAAGAAGUUCUGUCCGGCAAUGCCGACCUCGAAGAGCAGCUCUUUCGAGCAACAAUCGACUUGCUCCGCCUGCUAAUCGUUUCUGGCGCCGGCGCUAAGCACGGCACUCGAGCAGCUGCGACACUCUACAUGAGCCUCAAUCGCAUUGUGCUGCUUCGACUUGCUAAUGAAGAUCGACACAUCCAGACGCUGGACGAAGUGCUGCAGAACCAAGACGUGAUUCUGCAUGCCGCAAAUCAGGACCAGACUUUCUUCGAAUGCCUGGUGAACCGCCUCCUCUACGUGUUGCAAGACUUUACUGCGCCUCUAUCCGCCCCUGCGCCUUGCUCCGAGCAGAGGCCGUAUUCUCAUGCCCACGUCAAAGCCUUCACCAUCUUCAACCUCCUCGCUCUGGCAAAGCCUUCUGUUGCGGAAGGCGAGCCAAUGGCGAUGUUCAACGAAACGCAGCAGAGGCAUGUUCUCCGCGUCCGAGAUGAGGAAGAAAGUGCAUCGGAGCAUGUCGCUGCGCCUGUCGCCCCUCAGCUUGUCUACGAGACGGCUUGGAGUAGCUUCUCCAAGAGCAGGGAGACGCUCAAGGCAGCUGCUCACAUAGACCGGCUCCAGCAGCUCCAUGACUCGCUUCGCCGGACCGACAACAGGGAACAGGUAGUGACCAGCACAGAGAAUCGCAUGAUUGCCUGGCAUAAAAGCUUGGUCGAGGCUGAAAACGUACGCAGAGCCAAGUUCGUCAACGAUCUGCGCGAGAUGCAGACGUUUGCCGACAUGCAAUGGCGCGAGCUUCAGGCAGGUCUGACACGAGAAAGGGCAUUGCUGGACGGCACGUUCUCGGCAGACAUCAGCAUAAAGACGACCAAAGCGGUGUGGCGUCUCGAUCCGACCGAGGGCCCCAAUCGUAUCCGUCUUAAGCUGCAGCAGCUCGAUCAGUCUGUCGCGCGUGCAACGGAUGUGGUGGCGCCGCAGUUGGCCGAGGCGGUUUCCAAAGCGGCCGCAGCAACGUCGUCCAAGGCUGAUCUGCACGGCGAGCCUUGGGGAAGCUCAGAUGCAACCGCCCUGAACACUGACACGUCACCGCUGCAGUCGAUGGAUGCACUGACGAGCCCAAGUGGUGCUCUCCGAGCCGAUGCCAUUCUAGCUACUGCACCACUUGACGCUGCAAGCGCAGUCGCCGCCGAGACCUCGGGCGAGUCUUUCCAUGAGGACAAGUAUCGUCGAGUAUUGCGCUCACUAGAGCGUGGCGAUGUCAUUGAGGCGGUUUUCAACACCUCGCGAGUAGUGGGCAUCGAGUCGCGAGGUUGCCUGCUCAUCCUCGGCAAGCUCUGCGUCUACUUGAUGGAUGACUACUUCCAGCGGCCCAAUGGCGAGCUUAUCAAUGUGUGGGAAGCACCAGCGGAAGAGCGUGAUACGCUUGUCAUGGCCACCCUGGCAGGAGACGCUUCGAAGCCUUCGGAUCUGAUUCGUGAUCUUGAGGGCGAGGCACAAACUCGCAAAUGGUCUUGGUCUUCCGUGCAGACGUGCCAUCGUCGUUCCUGGCUGCAUCGACGCACUGCUGUGGAGAUCUUUUUCGAGGACGGACAGAGCAGUUUGCUCGUCUGUCCCGAGACAGCGACAGCUCAAAAGAUGCAUUGUGAGCUACAGAUCCGCGCACCCUCCGCUGUUGCGUCCGCCGAGGCCAUGCGCGAAGCUAUCCGCGAGCGUGUUGCAGGUGGUGGAGGCUCGCCAUCGUCUUCAGCUGCAUCUCCAUCCGGUCUGGGCUCGAGACUCGCGGGGGCAGUGCUCGGCCGUACUUCAAGCUGGGGAUCCAUGACAACCGCAUGGCGAGAAGGGCGUAUGAGCAACUUUGCGUAUCUCAUGGCGCUCAACACAUUGGCAGGGCGUUCGAUGAAUGACUUGACCCAGUUCCCAUGCUUUCCUUGGGUGCUGGCAGACUAUACCAGCGACGAGCUAGAUCUCGAAGAUCCGGCCACGUUCAGGAAACUGGAGCUACCUAUGGGUGCGCAGACACCAGUGCGACGCAAAGAGUUCGAGGACCGAUACGUGCAGCUGCAAGAGGUCGACAUGGAGCCUUUCCACUACGGGACGCAUUACUCGACCGCAUCCACGGUGUGCGGCUACUUGAUCCGCACAAGACCUUUUGAGCGGCUGCUGAUGGCGCUGCAAGGCGGCAACUUUGACCUGGCAGAUCGAACAUUCGGAUCAGUAGGCAAGGCAUGGAUGUCGGCAUCAGCGCUAUCACGCGGUGACGUACGAGAGCUGAUCCCAGAGUUCUUCUAUCUGCCCGAGUUCCUGCGUAACACGAAUCGGUUCGAUUUUGGCACAACCCAAGCGGGCGACGCGAUUGACGAUGUAGAGCUGCCACCCUGGGCGAAGGGAGACUCUCGUCUCUUUGUGUUGAAGCAUCGUGAAGCGCUCGAAUCGGAGUACGUGUCACAGCGAUUGCACCAUUGGAUCGACCUUGUGUUUGGCUAUCGAUCGCGAGGCAACGAAGCUUUAGAGAGCACCAACGUGUUCCAUCCGCUAAGCUACGAGGAUGCAGUGGAUCUCGAUGCCAUUGAGUCGGCCAUGGAACGGCAGGCGGCGGCACAAGUGAUCCACAACUUCGGGCAGACGCCGUCGAAGCUCUUCAACCACCCACAUCCACAACGAUUGCGGAGACCGGACCCACAGUUGCCCGCCUCGGAACGAUUCGGAUUAUUGGAGCAUCCUCGUUUGAUUGUGCAAAGCAUUGCGCCGAUCCGAACGCUCAAGAAUGCUGUGCAUUUCAUCUAUCCGUUCCAUCCGGAAAAAGCGUUUGCGUCGCCAAAGGACUACUUGAUCUUGCCAAAACUCGGGGUCUCGUUGUCGACAGAUCACCUGGAUGGGAGCUUGCGUAUGUACAGCUCACGAGAUCCAAAACGGCCCUUGGCGGUGGCGGAGCAGACGGUGCCAGACCGCGUCACUUGCCUGGCUCAAGCGCGAACCAAAUCGAUUGUGGCUGGUAGCUCGGAUGGUAUGGUAAGCGUGUGGGAGUUAGAUGGCGCCAAGCGUGAGGUGACAUUGUCCAAAUUGCUGCGUGGACACGACGAUGCGGUGUUGUGCGUUGCAGCGUCAUCAGCAUGGAGCGUGAUAGUGACAGGAUCCAAAGACAAGACUGCCAUCGUAUGGGACCUGAAUCGAGGCACGUAUGUCCGUUCGCUACGUGGACACGAUUCCGGUGUCCAUCUGGUUGCGAUCGACGAAAAGACUUGCCACCUAGCGACGGCGAGUGGACCCGAGGUGCGACUGUGGUCGAUCAACGGAGAGCUGUUAGCAUGCCUAGCGACAAGUGCCAAUCUAUCGGAGCCAGUGUCGAGUCUGAGCUUCCUGGAGCGCGACUAUCAUGUUGGAAGACUAGCGGUGGUUCUGACGGGACAUCGAGGUCGUGUGAUUGCGUGGGAGGCGGUGUCAGCCCACCCGACGUGUUCAUCUGGAUCAAGGAAGCAGGAGCAGCAGAGGCAGCAACAGCGCCGGGUCGCUUCCGACAGCGUCUCUCUACAUCACGCAUCUGGCUCCAAUGCAUCACAGGCAGAACCUUUGUGGCGACUUGCACCGCUCCAUGUGAUGGAGCAUCACGAUCGACUAGGCUCGGACGGAGGAGUCGCAGGUGGAAGCAAGGGUGGAACAUUGCAGAUUCGACCUCUGAUCACCGCGAUCGCGACCACACCCAAGAUGGUGUUGACCGGCGAUGAGAAUGGCAGAUUGUAUCAAUGGACAAUGGCGGGAGAAGCGGUGGCGGUGCCAGACUCUUUCCCUUCGCAUUGUAUGAACACAAGCUGUCAAAAGCGGUUCGGACUGCUCGAUGGACGCAGGAGCUGUGCUGGCUGCGGCGGACUCUUCUGCAGUGCAUGUGCAGCUGCUCAUCGCGAGUUUGCAGCUCAGCAACGCUUCUGCCCGCACUGCCAUGUGCUCAUCGACAAUGCUGGCUAUUUCGAUGGCUCGAACCAUCACCACGCUUGA